AUGGUGCGCUGGUCUGAGACGGCCCAGCCGGCGCCUACGAAGGCUCGCGGCGCGUACUCGACUCGCCCAGGCGCCCCCACUAUCUGCGGUCAACCUGCCAGCGUCCCCUUGCACGCCGCGUACAAGGCUACCGUCGCCCGUCGUCCUCUCCCGUGCAAGCCCUGCGCUGCCAACCCCUCUCACUGGCCGUGUGCGUUCAGCACCAAGGUCAAGAGCGUCGCCUUUGCGCGCCUUCUGCCCGUGCCGUAUGACGACACCGAGAGGGUGGCGUUGUUCAAGCGCCCUCCGCCCCCCGGCCUGGACACCUCGAAGGCCUUUAUCGACUCGGACCCGUUCUCGAACAUCGUAGACGACAUUCUGCAGUUCGCGGCCGCGUCGAUCCCCAACCACGCGACGUUGCGCCUCAUCGACAAGAGGUCCAACGAUGGUGUCCUCAAAGACGCCCUUCGCCAUAUCGACAUUCGCCUCAUCCUCCUCCCGGCUCUUGAGCUUCCUGAGCUUGAUUAUGAGCCGAUUCUUCCCUUUGCGCCACCCGCUGGGCCUCGCAAGAAGCUUGUCGCCGUGUACCAUGGCACGAACCGACUCAUUCCGUUCAUCGACGUCGACUCUGACGCUCCACCCGAGGUUCGCACCGCCAGUCUCGAAAGGAUCAAGAAGUACACCACGACCAUCGAUCUUGUCCCCUCUAUCCUCCGCGAGGACAUGGCGCCGGAUUACAUCUCCCUCGGCGAAGAGCUCCAGCACAGUGUACCAAAUCUCCGCCUCAGUGGACAGAGCCCUGUCUUCCCAAUUGCACCCCAAACCUACAUUGAAUUCGCCGGCGAGAAGCAACCAUUCCGGACUGAGCUUUUCCGACAAUUCAAUGAUAUCAUUCUCAACAUUGUCCACGACCCUACAAGGCCGAGCUCUUCCGCCCCCCCUUCCACCGACGGGUCGAAUGAUCCGGUCAUUCUUGGCUGGAACGGUACCUGGCACAGUCUUGUCUCAGCCCUCCGCAGUCAAUACGGCCACGUCUUCCAGCAUGGCAAUUCCGACCAAGACGAUAGCCAUCGUGUCACGAGCCCCCUUUGCAACGGAUCCAACGUCACGAUCAUCCUCUCCAAGCACAACAUCGAGCUUUGCACCCCGCUUCCUGGCCCAAUCAUGCCACAGUACUCUUCCGAGAUGUAUUCGGCCGAAGCUGUGGUGAGCCGCUGCAUCGAGGGCUUCCAAGGCACACACACGAUCGUGGGGCUCGAGCUUAUCGACCCGACAUGGUUCUCGACCGACCCAGUCGAGGGAGCGGCGUACAAGAAGUGGGGAGCUGAGCGCUGGUUCCUUGACCGCGUGAAAGAGCAGCUCGCCAAGUGUAUCCUUGAAGGGUUCCGUGAGGACACCAAGGUUCUGAACACGUGGUGGGAGGUCAUUCGCGGCCGCAUUCACUUCCGCACGGUUGACGAGUGGCGCGCAGAAGUUGGAGAGGAGACGUUCGCGCUCGCCACAAACGUGAACUACGCGCUUGUCCCGCGUUAG